AUGCGGCAGGACAAGCUGACCGGCUCCCUGAGGCGUGGGGGGAGAUGCCUGAAACGGCAGGGCGGCGGUGGAGGUGGCGUGGGUACCAUCCUGAGCAAUGUGCUCAAGAAGCGCAGCUGCAUUUCCCGGACCGCGCCCCGACUGCUCUGCACCCUGGAGCCAGGAGUUGACACAAAGUUGAAGUUUACUCUUGAGCCAUCUUUAGGUCAAAAUGGCUUUCAGCAGUGGUAUGAUGCUCUCAAAGCAGUUGCCAGACUAUCAACAGGAAUACCAAAGGAAUGGAGGAGAAAGGUUUGGCUGACCUUGGCUGAUCAUUAUUUGCACAGUAUAGCCAUUGAUUGGGACAAAACCAUGCGCUUCACAUUUAAUGAAAGGAGUAACCCUGAUGAUGACUCCAUGGGAAUUCAGAUAGUCAAGGAUCUACACCGUACGGGCUGUAGUUCUUACUGUGGCCAGGAGGCUGAACAAGACAGAGUUGUGUUGAAGAGGGUCCUUCUGGCCUAUGCCCGGUGGAACAAAAAUGUUGGGUACUGCCAAGGCUUUAACAUCCUGGCUGCACUAAUUCUGGAGGUGAUGGAAGGCAAUGAAGGAGAUGCACUGAAAAUUAUGAUUUACCUGAUUGAUAAAGUACUUCCUGAAAGCUAUUUUGUCAAUAAUCUCCGGGCGUUGUCUGUGGAUAUGGCUGUCUUCAGAGACCUCUUGAGAAUGAAUCUCCCUGAAUUAUCACAACACUUGGACACUCUUCAGAGAACUGCAAACAAAGAAAGUGGAGGUGGAUAUGAGCCCCCACUUACAAAUGUCUUCACCAUGCAGUGGUUCCUGACUCUUUUUGCCACAUGCCUCCCUAAUCACACAGUCUUAAAGAUCUGGGAUUCAGUCUUCUUCGAAGGUUCAGAAAUCAUCCUAAGGGUGUCGCUGGCUAUCUGGGCAAAACUGGGAGAGCAGAUUGAGUGUUGUGAAACAGCAGAUGAAUUCUACAGCACCAUGGGGCGCCUUACCCAGGAAAUGCUGGAGAAUGAUCUUCUGGAAAGCCACGAACUCAUGCAGACUGUGUAUUCUAUGGCUCCAUUCCCUUUCCCACAGUUGGCAGAGUUGAGGGAAAAAUACACCUACAACAUUACACCAUUCCCAGCCACAGUGAAGGCCACUUCUGUUUCUGGACGACAUGGUAGGGUCAGAGACAGUGAUGAAGAGAAUGACCCAGACGAUGAAGAUGCUAUUGCUAAUGCAGUGGGUUGCCUUGGACCUUUCAGUGGACUUCUGGCACCUGAACUGCAGAAGUACCAAAAGCAAAUUAAAGAGCCAAAUGAGGAGCAGAGUCUGAGAUCUAAUAACAUUGCAGAGCUGAGCCCUGGAGCAAUCAAUUCCUGCCGAAGUGAAUACCACGCAGCGUUCAACAGUAUGAUGAUGGAGCGCAUGACCACAGAUAUCAAUGCACUGAAGCGGCAGUACUCUCGGAUUAAAAAGAAGCAACAGCAGCAGGUUCAUCAGGUGUAUAUCAGGGCAGACAAAGGGCCAGUGACCAACCUCCUCCCGUCUCAGGUCAACAAUUCUCCAGUUAUAAACCACCUUCUUUUAGGAAAGAAGAUGAAGAUGAGUAACAGAGCUGCCAAGAAUGCUGUCAUCCACAUCCCUGGUCACACAGGAGGCAAACUCUCUCCUGUUUCUUACGAAGAUCUUAAGACGAAGCUCAACUCUCCAUGGCGAACUCACAUCCGAGUCCACAAAAAGACCAUGACGAGGACCAAGAGCCAGCCGGGCUGUGGGGACACCAUUGGGCUGAUAGAAGAGCAGAAUGAGGGCUGCAAAACUAGCAGCCUGGAGAUGGCAAAGGCAGCUCGGAGAGAAGACAGCAGCUUGGAGGGCAGCAUAGGGAGGACAAUUGAAGGACAGUCCCCAGAGCCAGUAUUUGGGGAUGCUGAUGCCAGUGUAUCUGAAGUUCAAGUGAAGUUAGAAGGCUUGGAAUUGAACCAAAAGGAUGCUGUGGCUGAAACUGAGCCCAGUGUUUACCUGCCUGGUCAGCAGUACAUCCCAGAACUGCCUGAUACACUUGGAGAAAACAAAGCCACCAGCAAAACUCCCCAAGGCAGCAACCCUAAAACUCCCAUCUUCAGCCCCUUUCCCAGUGUCAAGCCACUCCGGAAGUCAGCCACUGCCAGGAAUUUAGGAUUAUACGGUCCCACAGAAAGAACACCAACUGUGCACUUCCCUCAGAUGAGCAGGGGCUUCAGCAAACCUGGUGGUGGAAAUGGUGGCACUAAGAUACGAUGA